UUCCGGCCGGAGGGAGGACGUGUCCCUGGCGCGCGCCGGCCGGAAGCGGCGCCAGCGGCCAUGGACGAGGCGGCGGCGCGUAACGGGUCCGGGGACGCGGCCGGGCCCCCCGCCGCCGCGCCGCGACCGCCCGCCACUCCCGAGGGCAUGGCGCUGGCCUACGGCAGCCUGGUGCUCAUGGCGCUGCUGCCCAUCUUCUUCGGGGCGCUGCGCUCUGUCAGCUGCGCCAAGAGCAAGAACUCAUCGGAGAUGCCAGAGACCAUUACCAGCCGGGAUGCUGCUCGGUUUCCCAUUGUUGCCAGCUGCACCCUUCUGGGGCUCUACCUCUUCUUUAAAAUAUUCUCUCAAGAGUACAUCAAUCUUCUGCUUUCCAUGUAUUUCUUUGUGCUGGGGAUCCUCGCCCUGUCCCACACCAUCAGCCCCAUGAUGAACAGAUUCUUCCCUGCAAAUUUCCCCAACAAACAGUACCAGCUGCUCUUCACCCAGGGCUCUGGGGAGAACAAGGAGGAAAUAGUGAAUUACGAGUUUGACACCAAGGACCUCGUGUGCCUGGCCCUGAGCAGUAUCGUAGGCGUCUGGUACCUGCUGAGAAAGCACUGGAUUGCCAACAAUCUCUUUGGGCUGGCAUUCUCCCUCAAUGGGGUGGAGCUGCUGCACUUGAACAACGUCAGCACGGGCUGCAUCUUACUUGGGGGCCUCUUCAUCUACGACGUCUUCUGGGUCUUUGGCACCAAUGUGAUGGUGACAGUUGCCAAAUCAUUUGAGGCCCCAAUAAAACUGGUUUUCCCUCAGGACCUGCUGGAGAAGGGGCUGGAGGCCGACAACUUCGCCAUGCUGGGUCUGGGAGACAUUGUCAUUCCAGGCAUCUUUAUCGCCUUGCUGCUGCGGUUUGACAUCAGCCUGAAGAAGAACACGCACACGUAUUUCUACACCAGCUUUGUGGCCUACAUCUUUGGGCUGGGCCUGACCAUAUUCAUCAUGCACAUCUUCAAGCAUGCCCAGCCUGCUCUGCUGUACCUGGUCCCCGCAUGCAUCGGAUUCCCGCUUCUGGUGGCCUUGGCAAAGGGAGAAGUAACUGAAAUGUUCAGCUAUGAAUCCUCUGCUGAAAUCUUGCCACACACACCAAGACUUACCCACUUCCCCACCGUGUCCGGCUCGCCGGCCAGCCUUGCUGAUUCCAUGCAGCAGAAACUGUCCUGUCCCCGCCGACGCCGGCAGCAAAGCCCUAGUGCCAUGUAGCAAUCGCACCCGGUGCCCUUUCUCUGUCUGUCGCUCUGGCCAGCUACGAGGAGAGCUCAACCCCAAAGGAGGUGCCGGGGGCCUCCAAAGAAGAGACGACAGAAGCUGCCAAGAAAGAGAAGUGACCUUGCCUGCGGGCCAUGCCUGGUGCCGCUGGGCUGGGGCCCUUUCAGACCCUCUGCAAGCGACAGACAUGAAACAAUUGUGCAAGAGCCUCGUGUUUUGUGUGUGGGAGCAGCCGUAGAGCCACCCUCUGCCCGUUCGGCUCCUCCAGGGCUGCGAGGUGGGUGGGGGUUGAACCACAGGCCGGUUUUUAAAUUUUGUAUUGUGCAUUUGCUUUCUCUCAUAUUAAAUUGUGUCGAAGGAAGCAGUGCUGCUCUGGCAGCGCCGGGGCCACGCCGGCAGCCCCUGCCUUGGCCGCUGCUCCAGCUUUAGCCCCUGCUCAGCUGCCUGGCCAGCAAAGUGAUCGGCAUCCCGGCUCCCCAGCAGCCUUGUUCUCCCUGUGGGGCCUGUGGCCGUUGUCUGGCUGUUUCCAAGUGACCAUUCCCCUUCCCCCUCCCACUCCUCCGGCGCUCCGCUUUCUCCCAGCCUGACCCUGCGACUCAGAUUUAGGGCCGCGGUUGCUAACCCCCAGCCUGUGCUCAUGUGGAUUUGAGCUGGGGUCUGGCCUCGGAGUGGGGAUUGGGGUGCGGGAACCUGGUGGAAAGGGGCUGGGCUGGGCCUCAGCUGUGCCCCCACGCCCUGGGGGAGCAGGUGUGGGAGGGAAGGGGCUGGGUGACCCCAAACCCAGCCCUGGAGUGGGGUGGCUGAGUGAGGAUUGGGAUGUGCUCUACCUCAGCUGGGCCCUGUGGCCUAUGGGAGCAAUCAUGAGAAGGAGGGAGCUGGGUGACCCCAAACCGAGCUCCAGGGUGGAGACAGCGCGGACUGUCCCCACUCCAUGCAGGGAGCCAAGUGCCAUCCUGCACCGCGGGGUCUGGAGCAGCUGAGUGUCCUGCAGCACCACUGUGUCUUCCCUGCCUGCCCUCGCGGCAGUGUGUGGAGGAUCCUGCAUCCCUCUGGCCGUGCCCACUGCCAGAAUAAAUAGAAAGAGUUUGCUGGCUUGGCAGCCCCUCCACAAAAGCCAUAUUGAACCAUUAUUCCCUGCGUCGGCUGCGAGCACUAAAAGUGGCGCCUUGCGUUCUGCCAUCUAAUGACCCUUCGCAGGCUCCUACAGAUGUUUUC